CCGGGUUUCCCUUCCUGGGCUGGGACAGCGGCAAGAGGCAAACGCUCCUGUUGAUUCACUAUUGUUCAAAGUUACGCUCAGACUUCCAGUAAGCAGCAGCGAUGUCUCAGUUGGGGGAGAAAGCGAAGUUCCCAGAUGCGGCGGGUUACGUCGGGUUCGCCAACCUCCCGAACCAAGUGCACCGAAAGUCUGUGAAAAAAGGGUUUGAAUUCACCCUCAUGGUUGCAGGGGAGUCUGGGUUGGGGAAGUCAACGCUUAUAAACAGCCUGUUUCUCACCGAUCUCUACCCUGAACGCUACGUCCCCGGUGCAGCCGAGAAGAUUGAGAGGACGGUGCAGAUCGAGGCGUCGACCGUGGAGAUCGAGGAGCGAGGGGUGAAGCUUCGCCUCACCGUGGUCGACACCCCCGGAUACGGCGACGCCAUCAACAGCCAGGACUGCUUCAAGACCAUCAUCCAGUACAUCGACAAUCAGUUCGAGCAGUACCUGCACGACGAGAGCGGCCUGAACCGAAGACACAUCGUGGACAACCGGGUGCACUGCUGCUUCUACUUCAUAUCUCCGUUUGGACACGGCCUGAAGCCUCUGGAUGUGGAGUUCAUGAAGGCCAUCCACAGCAAAGUCAACAUAGUCCCAGUCAUUGCCAAGGCCGACACGCUGACACUGAGGGAGAGGGACCGCCUGAAGAGGAGGAUCCUGGACGAGAUCGCAGAGCAAGGGAUCCGGAUCUACCAGCUCCCCGACGCGGACUCCGACGAAGACGAGGAGUUCAAGGAGCAGACUCGGGUCCUGAAGGCGAGCAUUCCCUUUGCUGUGAUUGGCUCCAACCAGCUGAUUGAGGUGAAGGGGAAGAAGAUCCGUGGUCGCCUCUACCCCUGGGGAGUCGUCGAGGUGGAGAACCCCGAACACAACGACUUCCUCAAACUACGCACCAUGCUUGUGACCCACAUGCAAGACCUGCAGGAGGUGACCCAGGAUCUGCACUACGAGAACUUCCGCUCGGAGAGGCUGAAGCGAACGGGAAGGGCCGCGGACGAUGACGUGGUGGACAAAGACCAGAUCCUGCUGCAGAAGGAGGCCGAGCUGAGACGCAUGCAGCAGAUGAUCGCUCAGAUGCAGGCGCAGAUGAAGAUGAAAUUAGACGAGUGAACGAGUCGCAGCGGAAGGGAGACCCCCCCCCCCCCACACACACACACACACACAAAAUACAUAUACACACACGCACACCUGGUCCAUCCCUGUAGAUCCACCAGGAGUCCAGGUAUCCAGGAUCACAGCAUAUUUACCUGCACACCACCUCCAGCACCUCUUUCUCUUCUUCUUCCUCUUCUUCUCGUGUGUGUGCCAGUUGAAUGUGCGAGCGUGAACAUGUUUUAAUACUCGUCUUUGACCUUAAGUAUGACUCAACAGAGUUGCCAGUGACAAUGGUACUAAGAGGGUGUGCCACCACACUCAUGUUUACACAAAUACAUAUAUAUGAAUGAUUGUUAUCACGUUAAGAUUGUUUGAACCUAUUUUAACUCUGAAGUAGUUUUCUAUUAGCUCAUGAGUCUUUAGCCCACGUCCUUUGACCUCUGGAUGGAUUCAGACCGUCAGUGUGAUGACGAUGCAGUAACGAUAAAUAUUACCACGGUGAACUCUGACGUGAGCGAGGAGCGCCGUUGCUCCUUAACGUGUUGACACUAGAGGCCUCGUGCAAAGUAGUCAAACUAUUCCCACUUUGCUACAAAGAGGAACAACUUUAGGUUCAUGAGUCGAGUGAAAACGGGCCAUGUUGUUAAUAUGUUUUUUUAAUAUAUUUAUCAUCAAGAGCUGCACAAUCUUUAAUGUCGGUGCCAAACUACAAUCAAACUAAUCGCACCGUUCAGUCCGGGAACUUAACACGUGGCCAUGUUUGCUUCAGUCUUAUUUUAAUGUGUAAAAUGUUCCGUUUGUCCACGACGUGUUUAGCUUUUCCUCAUCACGAGUUCGGCCCCGUUCGAGAAGUCCAAUGUUUGAAUGUGUAACCGUUGUCUGUGCGUGAACCCGCUCCUGCCUUCGACUUCAGUGUCGCCGUCGGUGUGUCGACGACCUCGUUGAGUUUUAUGUCUUUUUCUAUGCAAAUCUGUCCGUUGAAUUUCGGACGCACAACAUUAUUCAUAUUUCUUCUUAACCAUGUGUCAGAGACUUGUUUUUAGGCGUAAACAUUUGUUGUUGUUGUAUUUCUCUCCGUAAAUAAAAUUCAGAGAAAAGAGA